AUGAUUAAAGCUUUAUUUGCUGCUGAAUUCUUGGUCAAAGGAUGUGUAAUUACUGCAUCUUAUCCACAAACAGGUGAUUCGGGAUUUCAUGAGUUGGCAUCCUACAUGAUCCCUGAUGGAGUCCACAAAAUCAAAUAGGAUAAAUUCUUUUUUAGGAUUGGCAAUGUUCGAUUCGUUUCUGGAUAGGUGCAGACAUAUCAUUUUGAUUAUCAAUGGAAACCAUUAUUGCAGAGUUCAAAUCAAACACUCAGUUAUUCGGAUGAUAAUGUGCUCAAAAUUAGAGGAGAGAAAGAAUCUGAAUGGUUGGACAUCAAUUUGUCUAAUGCUCAAAUCCAUGUUAUUUCUCAUGACUUCGUGUCGAUUACCUUGAAUCCCGAUCUGAUAUACGGCAUCAAAGGGAAAUUUACUUAGGAUUAUUAUCUAGCUUGUCUCAGAAAUAAGAAGGAUGCCACCAUUAAAAGAGGCUCUUUGAUUAGAUCCAUUGCUGUCUGUUCAUCCGAUCUACUUUUCUUAGGAAUUUGCGAUUAAAAGAUUCAGAAAUGCUUGGAAUAGUAUUUCGACUAAGUUGGUCUUGAUCAUUGGGUGAAUGAUGCUGACAGUAAUCCAUAAGCUAUUGAAAAAAUACUGCAGAAGGGAUUCAAUGACCUCUCAGGAGAUUUGCCGUAUUACAAGUUUUCCCAUUCCCUUUUGGAUUACUCUUCCAAAGAAUUAGGCAAUUUGUAUCCUAAAAGAGCAGAUGGACUAACAAUCAAUGCCUCAUUGCUGGAAUUAUUUGAAAAGUUCAAUAUGAAGGUUCGAAUUCUCUAUAGGGCUCUUCUAUAAUAGAAGAGAAUCAUCUUCCUUUGUCAUGAAUGCAGCAACCAAGAAAAAUAGAUUGGAGAUAAUAUGUACUCUAAUGUCUGCAACCUUGUUUUGAGCUUAUGCUUCCUUGUCUCCCCUUUGAAUAUCAUUCAGAACAUUCAGGGUUACAAGUCCUUACUCGAUAAAGGAUGGGAGUAAUAGAAUUCUUGGAUCUCCAUAGUUUCGAAUCCAAUUUUUGAAUAUCGCAGAGAAUGGUGGGAUAUCUUAUGCGAUGUCAAUGCUGGAAAGAUAAUCGAAUCCAAAACUGAACAAUCAUUGUUUAUUAACAAUGAAAACGAUAUAGAUUUCUUUUAAAAUCUAAUAAAUCUCAUCCAAGUCUCCCACAUUAAUGAAUUAUAAGUUAGGUCCAUACUCUAGAAGUACACCUCCUCAAUCAUUGGAAAUUUAGUAAAUAAUUACAUUAACAUGUAGCCUCAAACCCUACAAUUCAAGGGGUAUAGGAGAAUGAAAAUUAAGGAGUUAUUUAAUGAAUAACAAUAUGCAUAAUUGCUUAAUAUCUUAGCAAUGAUGAAAUUAUAAAAAAGUAUGGAAGACAUUGAGUUAUUGCAAAUGUAUGAGACCCUUCUGGAUUGUCUAAAGACAGAACAUUAAUUUAAAGAAUUUUUUAAAUUGUUUACUGAAUCCAAUUAUGAUUUGAAUACAUUAGGAAUAGGAACCAUGUGUUCGGAUAUUGUGGUCCAAGAAAAAUGCAGAGACUUUUUAAAAUUAUUGGAGAAGUGGGAUAAACAACUAAUGAAGAAAAUUAACUUAUUCUUUGUAAUUUGA